CCAUGGGGUGUCAUGAUGUUAGCGCUGUUAGGUUUAUCAGAUUCACUAGAUAAACCCAGAAAUUUGAAAUAGAAAUCCAGAGUUAUGAUCUUUCCAAGUUAUUUGCAUCAGAAAUCUACUUUUACUAUGCAGCCAAAAAAGAGUGAAAGCUACAAGCUGGCUUUUUCUGACGGGUGCAUUGAGUCUAUCCAGGAGUACCUCAAGUCUUUCCAAGGGUGUGUUGGGUCUAAAAAGGUUGAGAACCACCACGCUAGGUCUUCUUAAAAUACUCAAAGCAACGCUCAUGAUACAGUCAUACCACCCCCAUUCAGAUGGCAAGAUUUGAAAAGUUAUAUUGACAUUUAAACAUCUUAAUCCUUGCUUACCACUAUCCUGGCAUCUUACAUCACAUUUUAUGAGAGUAGUAUUUAUAUUGCUCUAUGAGAUGUUCAGCUGACUGACAUCUCAUAUGUUUUGUGCUCUAGUUCAGUUGUUUUUUUGUGAAGGAUACUGAGGUGGUCUUUUGAGUAGAACUGGCUGAAAGCAGAAUUUGUAUUCAGUGAAAAAUUUGGGGAUUUCAAAAUCUAGUUCUGUCCUGAAUCAAACUGUAAAUCAGAAUUUUAGAAGUUUUGAGUCUCCUAAUGACUAUAUAUCUUAUAUAACCUUGACAAGCCAAAUUCAGGAGAUUUUGAGAAUUUGGAAAUGCCUGAAAUGAAUGUUCUAGAUCUCAUCCAGCUGUCUAUCAGCUUAGUUCUACUGACUUUGUUCGAGCUAUAGGAGUUAAGCACCUCCCCAAAGUAUUUAGUCAUUUUUUGUCCUAUAACCCUCAUAUUUGGAUUAUUCUGUUUUAAUUCACUCAGCAAUUUGUCUCAUGAGCCAUGUUCUGUCCCACAGAAGUUCAUUCCUACUGGCUUCUACAGAUUUAUGCCAGCUGAGAACAGAAACAAAUAUUGAUAGAGUGAAGACCCACUGAAAGUAAAUAUUAAAGUGAAGCAAGCAUUGCAGGCAGUCACAUUUAACACAAUUUGAGGGGGGCUUUAUAUUGUUUAGUGCAGACUGUACCUAGGCAGAAUUAGUCACACAAGCUUGGUUAUUGUACUUUCAGGAUGGUUUGGAUUUAUCAGACCUUUAAUUUCGUUUUCUUAAUCGCUUCAGUUUACAGUGAAUGCAUGACUCAGAUCUAUGAAAACACAUACUUCCAAGGAGGCGAUGUAAUGACAGUUUUUACACCAAAUGUCAAUUACUGUCAAAUUGUGUGUACUUACCAUCCGACAUGUCUGUUGUUCACUUACCUGCCACCAACUGGAAUUCAAGACCCUACAAAAAGGUUUACCUGCUACUUGAAAGACAGUAAGACCGAAAUAUUGCCAAAGGUGCACAUGGAUGGUGCAAUUUCUGGACAUUCCUUAAAACAAUGCCACGACAAAAUUAGUGGUUGCAGCAGGGACGUCCAUACAGGACUGGAUAUGCAAGGGAUAAAUUAUAAUAUUACUACUGAAUAUAGCUAUCAAGAGUGUCAAAAAAGAUGCACCAAUGACCACCACUGUCAAUUUUUUACAUAUGCCACAGGAGCAUUUCACAGUGCAGGUUUUCGUAACAAGUGCUUCUUGAAGUACACCAAAACGGGAACUCCAGCAAGCAUAAGAAUACUUAAUAAUGCUGUAUCUGGAUUCUCAUUAAAACUCUGCCAUCUUUCUCAAACAGAUUGUCGUUUGGACAUUUUUCAACAUAAAGAAUUUUCAGGAACUAAUAUUACGAAUGUUUUCACUCCUGAUACUUUUGUGUGUCGAACUGUUUGUACUUAUCAUCCAAAUUGCCUGUUCUUUACAUUUUUUACAAGUAACUGGGAAGUAGAAACACAAAGAAACCUGUGCCUUCUUAAGACAUCAAGAAGUGGUAUGCCAAGUACAUAUGUACAACGAGAAAAUGCUAUGUCAGGCUUUAGUCUCCUAAAUUGUAGAAGAUCAUUUCCUGCCUGCCAUUCCCGCACUUAUAGUGAUACAAACUUUUUGGGAGAUGAACUGAACAUUACCUAUGUUAGGGGACACAAAGCUUGUCAGCAGGUUUGCACAGACAUGGUCCGUUGCCAGUUUUUUACUUAUUUUCCACUUCAGGAAUGCACUCAAGAGGGAAAAUGCAAAUGUCACUUAAGAAUGUCCUCAAAUGGAUCUCCAAACAGCAUAGUGCAUGAGAAAGGAAAGAUCUCUGGCUACUCAUUAAGAUUAUGUCAAAGAAAACCUAACGCUGUUUUUAAAUCUAUUUCCACAGCAUGUAUGCAGCAGCCUAAAGAAAAUGUAAGAAUUGUUGGAGGGACAGAUUCUUCUCCUGGUGAAUGGCCAUGGCAAGUAAGCUUGCAAGUCAAGCUCACUACUCAAAAACAUCUCUGUGGAGGCUCAAUCAUUAGUGACCAGUGGAUUCUAACAGCUGCCCACUGUACUGAUGGAUAUGAGAGUCCCGACAUUUGGCGUGUUUAUACUGGCAUUUUAAAACAAUCAGAAAUAAAUGAGGAUACACGUUUCUUCAGAGUCCAAGACAUUGUUAUUCACCCUCAGUAUGUGAUUGCAGAGACUGGAUAUGACAUUGCUUUAAUGAAACUUGAUAAACCUAUGAACUUUACUGAUGUUCAGCAGCCCAUAUGCUUGCCAUCAAAAGAGGAAGCAAAUACAGUUUAUACCUACUGUUGGGUGAUUGGAUGGGGUUAUGCACAAGAAAGAGGUCCAAUAAAAGAUAUUCUUCAGAAGGCUAAUAUUCCUCUAGUAUCAAAAGAAGAAUGCCAGUCAAGAUAUCAAGAGCACACAAUAAACAACAAGGUGAUAUGUGCUGGCUAUAAAGAAGGUGGAAAGGAUGCUUGUAAGGGAGACUCAGGUGGGCCAUUAUCAUGCAAACAUGAGGAAAUUUGGUAUUUGGUGGGCAUUACCAGCUGGGGUGAAGGAUGUGCUCGCCCAGAACUACCAGGUGUUUAUACAAAAGUGGCUGAAUAUGCAGACUGGAUUCUAGAAAAAACCAGGUGAUAUAAAAAAGAAAACUUGUGGGAACUCACUUCAUACUUACAUGAUGGCAUGAAAUGAUAAUCCUAAAGGAACUUUGGGAAAUACAUUCAAGAACAUUCAUACAUUUAGCCUAGAGGACAGCAGACAUUUUUAAGAAAACAGAAAAGGAAGAAUGAACUGUACAAUUGUGUGCCUUAAAAAGAGUAAUACAAAUAAAAUCCAGUUUUAUAGACGUUGAUGUGAAGUUUUAAAGAAAGUGGUCUAAACUGUUGAUUUCUUUCAUCUCUGCAAACAUGGCAAUAAACAUUCUUUUGGACCUGA